GUUCCGGUUCGAGGAGGCCGCGAUGGCGGUGCUGGCGGCGAACCCCAACAACCCUGUGGUCUUCUUCGAUGUCACCAUCGGCGGGCAGGAGGUCGGCCGCAUGAAAAUCGAGCUUUUUGCUGACGUUGUUCCCAAAACGGCCGAGAACUUCAGGCAGUUUUGCACGGGUGAAUUCAGGAAAGAUGGUGUCCCCAUUGGUUACAAAGGAAGCACUUUCCACAGGGUGAUAAAGGAUUUCAUGAUCCAAGGAGGUGACUUUGUAAACGGGGAUGGCACUGGGGUCGCCAGUAUUUACAGGGGCCCUUUCGCAGAUGAAAACUUCAAGCUGAAACACUCUGCGCCUGGGCUGCUCUCUAUGGCAAACAGCGGUCCCAGCACCAACGGCUGCCAGUUCUUCAUUACGUGCUCCAAAUGCGACUGGUUGGAUGGCAAACACGUGGUGUUCGGUAAAAUUGUUGAUGGGCUGCUGGUGAUGAGAAAAAUUGAAAACGUGCCUACGGGUCCGAAUAACAAACCCAAGCUGCCGGUUGUGAUCUCUCAAUGUGGGGAAAUGUAAAGCAGUGAAAUGAAUGCGUUACAAUUACAGUUGCAGUUGGGCUCGGUGCUCCAUCCUGUUCCUUUGGGAAAGAUUCGCUUGUCCUUCAGAAGUUUCUUCUUAGAGAUUCCUCCUUGCAUGCCUUCUUGUUCUUUUAGUCCAUAUCCACACUCAGAGUUUAACAAAGUUUCCAUUUAUACAAUACGUGUCUCACAAAGCUUUUCUAUUGAAUCAUGUCCUUUUUCACUUAACCAUUUCCCAACACAGUACGGAUAUCAACUGCACAUGGUGUUGAGGACAUUGCAAAAUGGGAAAGAAGGGGUGUGAGGAGCGGCAGCGCCCCACUCCACCAGCUCCUCCGCAUGGCCGGUAAAUAAGGCUGCCUGGCAGAGAGGUUCUUGGGAAUCUCCAGAACAAGAAUCAGGAUCGUUAAGGCUGGAAAAGCCCUCUAAGUUCAUCCAGUCCAACUGUCAGCCCAACCCCACCAUGCCUGCUAAACCAGGUCCCCAUGUGCCACGGCCACACGGUUUUUGAACCCCUCCAGGGAUGGAGACUCCCCCACUGCCCUGGGCUCUGGGGGGAGCCCUCUGCCAGGGCUUCACCACUGUCAGUAAUGAAAUUCUUCCUGAUAACCAAUCUGAACCUCCUCUGGCACAACUUGAGGCCGUUUCCUCUCAUCCCAUCACUCGUUACUUGGGAGAAGAGACCAAUACCCAUCUCACCACGGCCUCCUUUUCAGGAGCUGCAGAGAGCGAUGACAUCUCCCCUUCGACACUGGUAUGGCUGAAACACUUCCUGCAUGUGUUUCCUGAGCUCUGAUGUGAGGGAAGGGUCUGGAGACCAAGGAUUAUGAGAGGCAGCUGAGGGACCUGCGUUUGUUUAGCCUGGAGAAGAGGAGGCUGAGGGGAGACCUCAUCACUGCCUGAAAGGAGGUGGUAGAGAGGUGGGUGUUGGUCUCUUCUACCAAGUGACAGGUGACAGGAAAGGGAAUGGCCUCAAGUUGUACCAGGGGAGGUUUAGAUUAGAUAUUGGGAAACAUAUCUUCACCGAAAAGGUUUUCAAGCACUGGUAGAGGCUGCCCAGGGAAGUGGUGGAGUCUCCAUCCCUGGAGAGGCGUAAAAGAUGGGUGGGUGAGGUGCUCAGGGAUCUGGUUUAGUAGUGGACAGGUACAGUUGGGCUCCAUGAUCUCAAAGGUCUUUUCUAACCGAGUGAUUCCAUGGUUCUGUUGUGAACAAGGGUUUGUAAAAUCCCCCUGGCACCUUGUGAUGUGAGGCCAUCAGGCUGUUUUGUGCCACGGCUGUCCAAGGAAUUCACAUGGGUGCUGCAGGGGUGUGAGAGCCUUGGGCUGGGAAACAGAGAAAGAUUGUGCUGUAGGAGUAGAAAUCAGGGCUGUGUGGUUACAGAGAGCGCACUGAGGUUGCAGGUGGAUGGGAAAACUGCCUUUCUUCUCCCAGAACUGGUUGCAAGCGCACCUCCCUGCUGGGGGACAAGGAAGCCCCCCUCCUGGGCCUGGGUGACAGCGUGAGCUGUCUCAUCCAGCAGAGUAAAUGAAAAGGAGUUGGGAUGAAGUCCAUCCUGUUAUGUGCAGGUUCUUCAUCACACGCAUCCCACCCUUCUGUGGGCAGCAGAGGUGUCUGGUAUGGGGAGGCACAGUCCCUAGCGCUGAUGGACAGGAGGGUGGAUCCUACAGGCUUUGGUGUGCUCCAUUAGCUCAUGGCUGUUUAAAAUCUUCGAAGCAGUCUCUGGCUGUCAGGAUUUCCAGGUCUCAGUUCCUGGCAUUGUAGAGCUGCUGAGGACACUCCUGCUCCCUCCUCUCUGGCCUGAGGCAUCUCACCUGCUUGUGCCUGCAGGAUAUCAAGUGUUGGAGGAAAAACAACCAUCCCUUUCCUCUCCAUCCUCAAAAAGACUUUGCAGAGGGAUCUUUCCUGUGAAAAGAGAACUCCCUCUGGAGUCUCUCAC